AUGAUGUCUGGAUCACUGAAGAGAUCCUCCAUUCCGGCUCCUGGACCUCCAGCUCCUGGCAUACCACCGGCUCCUGGGAAUCCACCUGGCAUUCCACCGGCUCCUGGGAAUCCUCCAGGGAAUCCUCCUGGGAAUGCACCUGGGAACUCAUCCUGGCCACCAGCCUCUGCGAAGCGUUUAGCCUCCUCUUCAGCAGCCUUUCUGUUGGCUUCUUGGCUCGAAGAAGACGCUUCAAAUGCUUGGGUGAGGAGCUCAGCGAACAGAACUAAAAGCAAAACGAGAAUCCUUUUAGCCGGUCCGACCAUCAUUAUCACCGGUCCAGCAGAAGAGAAUCCCGCCAAGAUUGAAUUACUUGGUCAUUAUGUUCCGGAGUCUAUUUUGAAAAAUGUUCAAUCAACAAAGUCGGAUGUUCUCAUUUACAAUUCUGAUGACAUCAAUGACUCAUUGAUCGGAACGACAGGAAACAUUCAAGAAAUCAAUGGUGUCUCUUUGAACAAGAAUGUUUCGACUGUUGCAUUCACCAAAAACUCGAUUGAAGAAUUGGAUGAAGGACGUGAAGCUCUGGAGAUCUUGCUCAGAACUGAACGUGCUCUUUACGUUAUUGAAUUCGAAAAGAGCAGUUCCUAUUGGCCAGAACACGCUGAUUGCUGGGCAACCUCAUCUGUCGAAUCGGAAUGUGAAAAUACCGUGUGGCUAUGCAAUAAGGCUAUGGCUGAUAUCCCGCUUGAGAUUUCGAUUGAGAAGACACUAGUCGAGAAAAUUUCUUCGGUUCCAAUUUCCUCGUUUUUCCUCGUCAGUGCGGCUUCCAAGAAACAUGACAUGAAAAAAGUAACUCGUUUUCAGAUGGAAGAAGAACUGGAGAACGAAAUUCAAGAUAUCGUUGAAAAAUCUAUGAAGACGGUUGAAAAAAGGAAAAAAGACUUGGAUGACGACGAUGAUGAUGAUGACAAUGAGUUUGACAACAAGCAUGACCCAAAACGUGAUCAUCGCCUUCAUUGCAAAUACCGCAAAACUUGCUAUGAAACUGGAAAGCGGGGACUCAUUGAGCCGUAUGACUUCUCAUUCGAUCACAUUUUCCAUUUCUGGAGAGCCCCUGCAACUCAACAGCACCAUCUUCCGAAAACCGAAGAUGCUGACCAGGAUGGAGUGCCAGACUCAGAAGACGACGAUGUCAAUCUUGCCGAUCGCAAACUAGUAUGCAAGUACCGAACUGCUUGCUACAAAGAGCAUAACAUUCCAUUGAGUGACAAGCAACAGGAACGCGAGAGAAGUUUUAUGUCUGCCAAACUCCAGGUGCCACAAGGAAAAAAACGUACUCUGAAAGAUAUUGCCGCGAAGGCUGUCAGUGGAGUCAAGGAGAGAGAAGAAGAAGUGAAAACCCGUCCAUUGCCAAAGUCAUUGAUUGUUGAGAAAAAGCUUCAGGAAAUCGAAAAUCAGUUGCAAAAGAAGUUAGAUUGCAAAUACAGAAAAACUUGCUAUGAAACUGGAAAGCUUCCUGAUAUCGAAGAAUCUAGCUUUUCGAUUCCGUUCCUGUACUCUGAAUCCAAAAAUGAGGACGACGACGAUGAAGAUGAGCAGAAGCCAUUCUCAGAGAUGGAAGACUUGGAAAGGAAGCAUUACUGCAAAUACCGCAAAUCAUGCUACGAAAGUGGAAAGAAACCAGAAAUCGAGAAUGAAUUGGUCAUCGAAUCAUUCCGUGAUAUUCUGGAUAUGCCGGACGUCGUGGAAACAAGAAAGCUGACUCUUCAAGAGCGUUGCAAGUACCGAAAAUCGUGCUAUGAAACUGGACUUCUUCCCGAUCUUAGCCGCGAUGACGAGCACAUUGAGAAAGCCAUCAACAAGGAAGUUAGUUCUGUGGUGCCUUCUACUGUACAAGAUUUGAAGACAUUGUGCAAGUAUCGUAAAUCUUGUUACCAGGAAAUCAGUGAAUCUUCGAGCGCUGAUAUUGUUCAAACAAUCAGAAAGCGAAGACUGAUUGAGAAGGAGGUCAGAAAGAGAAGAACGAGACGUCAUCGACGACUUCACAAACGCCGUGCAAUGAUGACCAGAUAUGGAAUGACAACUGGAUCAGCUAGUAAAUACGACAAAGUUGAGAAGACCCAAAAGGAGUUGCAAGACAUAGCCGAUGCCAGAGAAUACCGAAAAGAUGCACCAGCACCCAAAUCUGUUAAAAUUCAAGGAAAGAAGAAGGCGGAAAAGGUCGUCAAAGAAGUUGUAGAUCAAAAGAUUGUUGAUGCCGCUGAAGCUCAACAAGACAAUUCUGCCGAAGACGAGAAAGAGGCAGAACCGGAACCGGAACCACUCAAACAAAAGAAGGGUAAGAGAAGCUUGAGGAAAGUAAGAGAACCAGAACCCGAGGUCGAAGAUAUUCCCGAGCCAGAACCGGUGAAAAAACAGAAAAAGAGUUCAAAGAAGAUCAAGGAGCCAGAGCCAGAAGAUGAGCAAAAGGAGGAAGAGCCAAAACCUCAGCCAGUAAAAAAGACCAAGAAGAGUUUGAAGAAAGUGACUCCAGUUGAUCCAGAUGACGACGACGACGUUCCAGUACCAGUACCAGUUCCAGUCCCUGUUCCAGUGUCAGUGAAGACUGAUAACAAAAAGAAGCAGGAACAACCAGCACCCGAAGAUGAUGACGACGAUGAACCAGUCCCAGACCAUCCAGCUGCGCAAGUGUCUGUUAAAACAUCGAGCUCGAAGAGCGCUUCUGAUGCUGAUGAUGAUGACGACGACAAGGACGGCAAUGAGUUCGACAACCAGCAUGAUCCGAAACGUGAUCAUCGCUUGCAUUGCAAAUAUCGCAAAACUUGCUAUGAGACUGGAAAGCGGGGACUCAUUGAGCAGUAUGACUUCUCACUUUGGCACCUUGUACACUUCUGGGCUGCUCCACCAUCACAACAGCAUCAUAACUACGGAAAACAAAAGGAUUCGGACGGUGAUGGUGUUCCAGAUAUCGAAGAUAAAGAUGCAGCAAUGGCAGAUCGGAAGCUUUCCUGUAAAUAUCGUCCAUCAUGCUAUGAGAAGUACGAUAUUCCAGUUGGAGAGAAGAUUGUGGAAAGAGAACAGAAGAGAACAGUGAAAUCCGAUUCUGCAGAGGAUGAUGACGAUGACGAUGAAAUUGAAAGGAAGAUUGAUCCAAAUGCAGCUGAUCGCCGUCUCGAGUGCAAAUAUCGUAGAUCAUGCUACGAUAGUGGAGUACUCCCGACAAUUCAGCAAUGGAGCGAUGCUCCCACCCUUUCCGAAACAAUUGACACCAACUCCAAGAACAUGAAAUUCCAAAAGUGCAAGUAUCGUAAAUCUUGUUAUGAGGCCGAAGGAAUCAAUGAUAAGGAAGAGAACGCUGCUGAAAACAAAGAAGACCUGAAGAAACCACACAUUCAAGAGAAGAUGAAGCCAGUUGAAGCGUCAAAAGAUCGUCAUCACCAUCAAUCCAAACACAGUAAGAAGAAGCAUCAAGAGCCAGAAGAUAGCGAUGAGGACGACGAUGAUGAUAAGGAAGAAGAGCAAAAAGAAAAACAGAAGAAGAACAAGGAAGAGAAGAAAGAAGAAACUAAGAUUCACAAGCAAACCGAUAAGGAGACCUUAGAACAAGAAGGAAGAGAGGUCGCAUUGUCUGUUGCAGAAAAGAGUAAUUGCAAAUACCGUAAAUCGUGUUAUGCUUCUGUUGAACCAAAAACAACUAAACAAGAUCACUCUGGAACCAUGGCCAGGAGAGACGGAAGCGGUCAGAAGUGCCACAUCUACUACUUGUCAUGUCGUGAGGCAAUGGGUCUUCCUCCAAAGGAAAAAGCUCCGAUGGGUCCGAAUGGCAAGCGGUUGUGUCGCAAAGUGAAGAAAGACAACUGA